UUGCGUCUCACGCUGAGCUGGCCUAACCAGGCUCCUCCCCGUCUCUCAGGUCUUUUUGCGUUGGACAACAAGCUGUCGUGUCUCAGUAAAGGCGAUGGCGGGAGCGGUGCGUGUGCUGGGGGCCUUGCUAGCUGCCCUGGUGGCUUUGUGCUCUGCUGAGACCUGCACAGAGCCGGUGAUUGUCCCAUCGUACUACACUACCUCAGAUGCGGUGAUCUCCUCCGAAGUGGUCUUUAUCGUGGAGAUCGCCUUAACCUGCACCAAUGGGGCACAGAAUGUUGCACUUUAUGCCGACGUGAAUGGGAAGCAGUUCCCUGUGACGCGUGGUCAGGACAUUGGCCGUUACCAGGUCUCCUGGAGUCUGGAACAUAAGAACGCUCAUUCUGGGACUUACGAAGUGAAGUUCUUUGACGAGGAAUCCUACAGUCUCUUGAGAAAGGCCCAGAGGAAUAAUGAGGAUAUAUCCACAAUCAAACCCCUCUUCACAGUCAAUGUUGAUCAUCGGGGAGCGUGGAAUGGUCCAUGGGUGUCUACAGAGGUGCUGGCUGCAUUGAUAGGAAUCUUCCUGUAUUACACAGCAUACACGGCGAAGGGCAACAUCCAAGCAUGAUUGUGUUUUGGGGGGGAUACUGGGGGAGGGGUAUUGUCUGGUGUACAGAAUUGUUUCUCGAUAAUACAUUUUAUACACAACCA